GUUCCAGCGCCGCGGCAGCGAUCCAGACCUCUUUCCACUGGUUCCAACCCGCCCAGCACCGGCACGCAGGAACGCCAUCAAGGGCCUGCUGAAUAUUCGCCAUGGGCAAAUCUUCAACCGUACAGCGAUAACGACCUCUUCUCAUCGCUGGCACCGCCGUUGGAAGUCUUUCCCUCGACUGUGCCAGUCUGUCAAUCCUUUGAUACCCUCACGCACGAGUCGGCACUUUGGACAGAACCCGAUCUGUCCUUUGCCGAUACCGAUUGGAAUUUCAUAUCUGUGGAUCAUUCGACGCCUUACCCUCCUGGCUAUGAUGGUGGAGAUGUCCCCGUCAUGGACCUUGGGUAUGGGUCUGUCUCUGCUUUCAACUCUCUUUCGGAUUCAGGAUCAAUCGAGAACCAACAAUAUGUUUCUGCGUCUCUUGCUCCUAGUUCCGCCAAUUCGCUAGAUGGCCACUCGCAUCCCUCCCCUGUCUCUCAAUUCCCUGCUCCCGUGUCAACUUCUUUGUCCAGUCCCGCUACCUCACAUGGCGAUGAUGCUCCAGGCCGCGUGAAUUCAUCACGGGUGGAAAAGCGCAAGCUAAACACCCUCGCGGCGCGGAGAUGUCGACAGAGACGCGUGGAUCGGAUGAAGGAACUGGAAGCCGAGUUGGAGAAGGUCCGACAGGAAAGAGAUGAUUGGAGACUUAAAUGUUCGAAGCUAGAAGGCGAAACGGAUGCUUUGAAGGGUCUUCUGACUCGCAAAAACAGGGAUACAUAG